UAGUGAGAAGUGUAGACUACCGUGACUUAUAUAUGUACAGCAUUGGCCAUUCUAGUGAAUUUAGCUUAGGGGGUGUGAAGGUUGACUGUGAGCGCUGACCUUUUUGAAAGGGGCCAGGAACCUGAGUCCUAUUUCAGAGAGGCAAAUACAAGAAGCCUGUGAUUUUCUGAACAUACAGCUCAAUAAUGAUGCAGGAAAGACCAGCCCAAGGGCAGGUAGUCUGCUGGUCCCUGAGACUCUGGAUGGCUGCUCUGAUUUCCAUCUUACUCCUCAGCACCUGUUUCAUUGCGAGUUGUGUAGUGACUUACCAGCUUAUGAUGAACAAGCCCAAUAGAAGACUAUCUGAACUCCACACAUACCAUUCCAAUCUCAUCUGCUUUAGUGAAGGAACUACGGUAUCAGAAAAGGUCUGGAGCUGUUGCCCAAAGGAUUGGAAGCCAUUUGGUUCCUACUGCUACUUCACUUCAACUGACUCUCGGGCAUCCCAGAAUAAGAGUGAGGAGAAGUGCUCUCUCAGGGGUGCUCAUCUGGUGGUGAUCCACAGCCAGGAAGAGCAGGUGUUGGUGCUGUCGCAGAAGGCUUUCCAGCAGAUAGGCAGAAAUGGUUGCUUCAGUCUUUGCUUUCUACAUCUUGGUCCCUCUUAAGUGCAACUAAACAACCUCCAAGGAACCUUGGCUUCAGAAAUGCAACAUCUGAAGCUGGAGGGAAAGGCAAAGUGCUUCAGCCUGAAAGACCAGUUUGUGGUUUCAGUACUCUAAUUCUUCCUGUAGAAUCAACUGCCUAACAGAGAAGGGUGCAGGGAAACAACACCCAAUUGUGAGGGCAAUGACAAGCCCUCAGAAAUGAAAUAUCUGAAGUUAUGAACAGAGAAUGAUUAGAUGUGCAAAAUUCUCUCAUGUACAACUAUCAGGAGUGGUAUUGGUGAAGAAAGGAGGAGCAUGAGUCUAAGUUGAGAAUUCAUUAUGAUUGUUGCCAGAGAUUGUUUGCAGUUGUGAAAACAUGAGUGAUGAUUUGACUGUGUCUUGAGGCAUUCACUCUUAAGGUGGGUGUUGGUGUGGCGGUGGCGGUGGGUGUGGGUGAAGAGACAUGCAUUUCUUG